UUUCUCAAACGCAGCCUAAGAAUUGGGGCCAAGACACAGAGAGCAAAUGGAUUUGGUUUGAAUGUGCGAGGGUUUGUUUCUCCAUCUCCUUCCCCGUCUCCAAACAUCCGUCUACAGAGGAAAGAGAGAGAGUAGAAAUGGCGGCUAUUACUGCUUCUUCUUCAAGAACCUUUCUCCUUAGUGCCACUCAAAGACUCUCUUCCUUCUUCUACUUGACUCCCUCUUGGAGACCACACUCCUUUCCCCUUCUCAACCCCAAUAAACCAUUCUCACUAUCACUCUACUCUUCUUCUUCUUCAAUCAAUUGUGCUCAGGAAACCCUAGCUACCCAAGAACCACUAGAAUCCUCUUCAAUUCUCCGUCGCCCCAAUUUAGUUGACAUACUUCAAGAAAGGGGUUUGCUUGAAUCCCUCACCGGCGACAAUCUCCGGUCCGUUUGCUCCGACCCGUCUCUCCCUCCCCUUCGGGUAUACUGCGGUUUUGACCCCACUGCCGAGAGCUUGCACCUCGGCAACCUCCUCGGCAUCAUUGUCCUCUCCUGGUUCCUCCGUUGCGGCCACAACGCCGUCGCCCUCAUCGGCGGUGCCACCGCCCGCAUAGGCGACCCCUCUGGCAAGUCCCUCGAGAGGCCCGAACUCGACAUCCCUACACUAAACAAAAACACCGCCGGAAUCGCCAACAUCGUCCGCCGGAUUCUCGGUCAAAACACUGCCGAACGAGGUGGCGCUAAUUCAUUCGAGAUCUUGAACAAUUACGAUUGGUGGAAAGACGUAAAGCUUCUUGAUUUUCUGAGGCAGGUUGGGAGAUUUGCUAGGGUUGGGACGAUGAUGUCCAAAGAGAGUGUGAAGAAAAGAUUGGAAUCAGAACAGGGUAUGAGCUACACUGAAUUCACAUACCAGUUAUUGCAGGGUUAUGAUUUUCUAUACCUGUUCGAGAAAGAAGGUGUGAGUGUUCAGAUUGGUGGAAGUGAUCAAUGGGGUAAUAUAACUGCUGGCACAGACCUAAUUCGCAAGAUUUUGCAGGCUGAUGGAGCCUAUGGCUUGACCUUCCCUCUCCUCCUCAAGAGUGAUGGUACCAAAUUCGGGAAAUCUGAGGAAGGAGCAAUCUGGCUCUCGCCGGCAAUGUUGUCCCCUUACAAGUUUUAUCAGUACUUCUUCUCUGUCCCGGAUGACGAUGUUGUGAGGUUCCUCAAGACUCUUACUUUUUUGAGCAUGGAGGAGAUUGGUGAGUUGGAGAUGGAAAUGCAGCGACCUGACUAUGUGCCCAAUACAGCUCAGAGGAGGCUGGCGGAGGAAGUGACCCGAUUCGUCCACGGUGAAGAAGGAUUGGAGGAGGCAUUGAAGGCGACUGAAGCUUUGAGACCCGGAGCCGAGACCAGGUUGGAUUGGAAAACCAUUGAGGGGAUCGCUGAGGAUGUUCCUUCUUGUUCUAUGCCUUAUGAUCAGGUUUUGAACCUUUCUCUAGUUGAUCUUUCGGUUUCUACUGGAUUGCUAGAGAGUAAAUCGGCUGCUCGUCGCCUGUUGAAGCAAGGGGGACUCUACCUGAAUAACAGUAGAGUGGAUGGUGAAGGCAAGAAAAUUGAGGCUGAAGACAUUGUGGAUGGGAAAAUUCUACUGUUAUCUGCGGGCAAGAAGAACAAAAUGAUACGAGGACUUCACGAGUAUUGAGCAGAAUGUGGAGAUAUAACAUACAUGAAUUUUACAGGUACAAGGACUCAUGCACUCAACAAAUUAAGAAACUAGUAGUGACAAUGUAGACUUGACACAUCUUCAA